AUGUGCCUCCGUUGCUUGCUUUUUGCCGAUUUUUUUGUCCGAUCGCUAAUCGAUAUCGCAAAGGUGCGCUUGCAAACCCGUGGGCCUGGCGCCCCGACGAGCAUGGUGGGCACAUUUGCCCAUGUCGCCAAGAAUGAUGGGAUUCUGGGGUUAUACAGUGGUCUAUCCGCAGCUGUCCUGCGCCAAUUGACCUACUCAACGACCCGAUUCGGUAUCUACGAAGAACUUAAAUCCUACUUCACCUCAUCCGGACAACCCCCUGGCACCCUCACACUAGUCGGAAUGGCCUGUACCUCGGGCUUCCUGGGCGGAAUCGCAGGAAACCCCGCCGACGUCCUCAACGUGCGGAUGCAGUCCGACGCCGCACUACCACCCGCCCAGCGCCGUAAUUACAAGCACGCCCUGCACGGACUCGUGCAGAUGACUCGUGAAGAGGGACCCGCGAGUUUGUUCCGCGGUGUCUGGCCAAACUCCACCCGUGCUGUGCUCAUGACGGCCUCACAGCUGGCUUCUUAUGAUACCUUCAAAGGUCUGUGCAUUGGCAAGUUGGGCAUGUCGGACAACCUGUUGACGCAUUUCACGGCGUCAUUUUUGGCUGGUUUUGUGGCUACGACCGUUUGCAGUCCUGUUGAUGUGAUCAAGACCAGGGUUAUGAGCGCGUCGCCGACUGAGAGCGCUGGGCAUUCGAUUCUGGGUCUGCUGCGGGAUAUUACCCGUAAAGAAGGCCUGGGUUGGUCUUUCCGGGGAUGGGUUCCCAGUUUUAUUCGCCUGGGACCGCAUACUAUUGCGACAUUUUUGUUCUUGGAAGAGCACAAGAAGAUUUAUCGCAAGUUAAAGGGUGUUCCGGAGGCUCAGCAUGCAUAG